GUAAUUUUUGAAACACCUAGAUAUGAUAAAAACCUUUAUCUGUCAGCAAUGCGGAAUGUCAAUUCUGGAAGAAAAAGAAACUGCAACAAAAGAUAGGAAGGUUAUGCAAAAUACUAUUGAAAUUGAUGGAGAGUUGGUACAGCUAAGAGAGAAAAAUGUUAAAAAUCAGAAAAAAACAAAAAGAAAAAGUUUGAGGAGUUCGAUUAGAGAAAGCUUUAGGAAUAAUGCAUUGAGGAGGUCUUUGGUCAGAAGAGCCAAGAGUUUCGAACCACAAAAAGAACGUCCCCGAAUCAAACCAAAACGCUCCAAAACAAUGAAAUUCUUCACGUCGACCGUCCCCCGUUCACUCUUCAACCCCCUCAUCAUUCGAAUGCAGCCCCCUGCACCCCUUCUCGUGGAAGAUCCGCCCAGCACCGAGGAUGGAUCAGAUCUGGAAGACGUAAAACCGUCAACUGACCCCGCGCUCCUUAAUGGGUCGUCUGGCAAUUUCGGGAGCGCGGGGGCCCGGUCGGCUCCCGGAACGCCGCAAGGGACCCUCGGUACUUCCCCGGAACCAGCCUCGCAGCCAUGCAGUCCAGGCUGCACGUCACCCUCGAUCCAGCGAAGCCCAAGUCACUCUCUCUUCACUAAAUGCGAUAAAGCGUCUUUGAAACACUUGUCGACGUCGACGCCAGCCAUGACGGCCCAAGCGCAGCUCACCGAACCCCCCAGCCCCAAAACGGCAAAGGAGAACAAAGUGCCUACGACGUCGAAAGCGCGCCAGAAAAAAUUCAACAGACAUUUUCCGGCUGUUGACAAAGACGAAAAAGUCCUAAAUUAUUAUUCCUGUGCUCUUAUCGGUGAUAUUCUGCUACAAGGCCACUUGUACAUCACCAAAAACUACUUUGCGUUCUAUUCCAACGUCUUCGGAUACGUGACCAAGCUUCUCAUUCCAAUGCUGUCCGUGGAGAAAAUAACAAAAGAAAAAACCGCAAGGAUAAUCCCGAACGCUGUUGGAAUCGCAACAAGCGAAGACAAGCACGUUUUCGGCAGUCUAAUGUCACGUGACAAUACCUACCGUUACAUGGUCAAAGUCUGGGAGGUCGCCCAGAACGCCUCUCUCCUCGUGGUCGAACCGGAAAUAGUGGAACCUGUAGUGUCCGAUAGUGACAGCUCUGAAACGCGUGAAGGUGAAAGUGGGCGAGAAUCACCAUUACCAACUCCCCGAUUUGCUCAAAUGGUCCUCAAAGAGCGCAAAGACAUCGCCGGGCCUAAAGUCGAAAGGCAACAACGCUCAAUGGAAAUGGUCUACGCUCUUAAGGCGGGCAUUUUGAAAUUCGCCAGCCUACCGCGACAGAGCCUAAUAUUGUUCGCCACGACGUUACUGUUAAUUCUUCUCUUCUUAUCGGCAGCUGUGUUACUUUAUCGAAUUAGUAAAAUACAAAACAAAUAUUCAUUUAAUUUGCAUGAGACAAUGCUCGCUGCAGGCAGCGAAGACGUUUACAGUAAUCUACUACAAUAUCAGACUCAUUUACAUUCGAAGUCGGCGGGGGCCGUGCACAAUUUCUUAGACACGAAUUUAGACCAAAUUGCUAAGGUUAGACAGUCUCUGGAAGCGCUGUCGACUUUGUUGAUCCCAAACAACAGACAGAAAGAGGCGAGUUCUAGAGACAGCAGCAGUUAGCCACAUUAACUACUGUAGGAAUGUGAUCAGUAUUCAGUCUUUUUAAAUUUAGAUUUAGCAAUAUUUCACUUAAAUAUUGUUGCCACCAUCCCAGUAUCGACACUAGACCGCGUUGUUUCAUAUUUGCCAAAUCUAUUAUUGCCAUAAGGGUAUUGGAACUACUCCUAUGUAUAGUCAGCACGUUUACUAUAAGCUCAAUUUGUCACGAGAGGGUUUCUGGUGUAAUGGACCGAUUUGCAAAACUGGGAUUUUGUUUUUAACCUUUAGUUAAUUCUCGCCAUCUAGUACAAACUUAUUUUAUUCCAGUUUAGUUUCAAUGAGGCGUCCAAGACGCUCUUAUAUCAACUUCCUAGCAAUAAUAUCAAGAUGAUUGGGAACUAAAGCUGUGAAUUGGUACUGAGCGAUUUUAGAAAGAAAAAAUGUUUCAUAAUUUUAGAAACUUCGUAAUCCUUAUUAGGCAGAAAAUUGUUGAAAUGAAAAUGUUUAGUCUUUUAUUUCAAUGUACAGUUUUGUACUAGUUUUAAUAGGAAACAAUUUACACUGUUUUUAAUUUUACCUAUGAUGUUUAUAUGUUAGAUGUUAAUUUAUUGCGGUUGGAGUUGUGUUUUUGUGAAUUUUUGUUUUUGUAAACAUGUUAACAUAGAAGAAACCUGUGAUAUCUUAUUUGUUUUGCUUUUAUCAAUAAAUAGUGUUACAAUUUAA